UUUAUCUGCCAGUAAUGGCCGCUCAGUCAGUCUGCCUGCUCUGUCAGUCUGUCUGUAAUGGCCGCUCUGUCAGUCUGUCUGUAAUGGCCGCUCUGUCAGUCAGUCUGUAAUGGCCGCUCUGUCAGUCUGUCUGUAAUGGCCGCUCUGUCAGUCUGUCUGUAAUGGCGCUCUGUCAGUCUGUCUGUAAUGGCCGCUCAGUCAGUUUAUCUGUCUGUAAUGGCGCUCUGUCAGUCUGUCUGUAAUGGCCGGCCGCUCAGUCUGUCUGUAAUGGCCGCUCUGUCAGUCUGUCUGUAAUGGCCGCUCAGUCAGUCUGUCUGUAAUGGCCGCUCAGUCAGUCUGUCAUGAGUGAGGGUUUGAGGUCUCAGUAAUGUCUGUGGGAGCCUCUGGUCACUCCCACCUGUCACAUUUACUCCAUAUUGUGUGUGAUCUCCUCACCCUCUCCUACUUAAUCCAUUACAAUUCCAACCUGACUAAAGCAGACUAAAAAUACUACAAAUAGAGGUGGACAUGUUCUUUAAUUGCUGUGUAAUCUGCUGAACUCCUCAUUACUUAUUACCACUGUCACUUGGUCAGUUAAUCAAUAUGAUUUACACUGAUCGAUCCCUAAUUAUUAUUAUUAUUAUAUUUAUAUAGCGCCAACAAAUUCUGUAGCGCUUUACAAUGGGAUAUAUUAAAACCUUUACUACUUUUAAUAAAUAUUUACCAUAUUGAUUUCAACCUAUAUUAUAUGGCAUUGCCAAUCCAAAUACUGCAAACAAUAGAAUGUGGAAUUUGAAAUGUCACUAUGGCAGUGGCAUACUAACACCCUCACACCAUCACCCCCCUCCUUCCUCUCACCCUCACCCCCCUCCUUCUCACCAUCACCCCCCCUCUCUACCCACUUCCUCCCCCCCUCCUCACAUUACCUCCCACCAUCAUCCCUCCCUCUCACUAUCACUUCACCUCCCUCCUUCUCUCUACAUCACUCCCUACCCAUCAUCCUCUCCUCUGACCCACAUCACUCUCCUCAAACCAUCACCCCCUCAAUCACAGUAUUAUUCCCUCUCACCAUCAACCCCCCUCACCAUCACCCUAUCCCUCACACCAUUACCCACCAUACAAGCACACACACUGCAUCCACUACACAAACACACUGCAUUCACUAUACACACUACAUACACUAUACAAACAUGUUUCUGUAUGUGUGUGUCUCUAUCUGUACGUGUGUGUGUCAGUGUUUGUCUGUAUCUGAGUAUGACUGUGUUUCUAUGUAACUGCAUGUGUGUACCUGUGUCUGUGUAUGUUUGAGUAUAUGUGCAUACAUCUCAGCAUUUCGCGUACACUACACACAAAUACAACCCUUUAUCCAAAUGUCAACACUACAUAAAAACACACCACCAUAUUAAAAAAAACCACACUACAGAAAAAUGCAUGCUUGCAUUCAAAUGCCAAUACGUGCAAACACACCCAUACAUUCACUCACACAUUGUCCAUACAAAAACAUGCUUACAUUCAAACACACAAACACUGCUCGGUGCUAAAUACAUUAAAAAAAAUACAAACACUGCUUGGUGCUAAAUCCAUAAAUAAAAAUACAAACACUGCUCGGUGCUAAAUACAUAAAUAAAAAAAAAAUCUUUUUUUUUACAUUUUUUUAAGCGGGUAGGUGCCAAAUAUAGGAUCCGCCCCUGGUGCCAAAUGCUCCAGGUAGGCCCUGCACCAUGGUAAUUUUAGCCCCAGACAAUCUGUGCAUAUAUGGAGGUUGUGCAGGAGGGCUGGAGGAGGCAGCAUUUUGACACCUCAAUACCUUGGUUAGAAUGGGGAAGUGGGAUAAUACGUGUUUUAGCAAUGUGUAUUAUUUAUAUAAUUAUUUUUUUGUUUUUACAGUGGAAUGCACCACAUAUACACACUUCCUUGUUUCUUAGUGCUACCCUGUGACUUUUAUACUCUGGGCUGCAAAAGAUUGAUGGGAGUCACACUACCAGACAACCACCAUUAACUAAGUCCUCCUCCUGUUACUGAUAUGCCACAAGAGAUAUUUGGGAGAGACACAUUGCCUGCCUCUGCCCAACCCUUCACUUGGCAUGCGAAUUAUGGGAACAGGGCAGGACUAAGAAGGCAAUAGCUGUUGGUAACUUUGGGUGGAAUGUGUAUGUCCAUGUCUACGAUUGAUGCAUAUAACACUAUACCUGUAUGUAUGUAUAAAUGUGUAUUAACAUUAUUAGCAUUUAUAUAGCGCCAACAUAUUCCGUAGCGCUUAACAAGAUUAUAAAAGGGGGAGAUUUAACAAUAAAUGAGACUAUUACAAACAUUUUCAGGAACAAUAGGUUGAAGUGUACCCUGCUCAACUAAGCUUACAGUCUAGAGGAGGUGGGGUAUAAAACACUAUAGGACAGGAUGCAUGUCUGGAUAAAUGUGUGUGUGUGUGUAUGUGGAUGUACAUAUAUAUAUAUAUAUAUAUAUAUAUAUAUAUAUAUAUAAUCUUCAAAGGGUCUGAACCCACUUCAAACCUCACAGAAUGUAAUUUAAAGAAAAAAAAACCUGACUUAAAAAAUAAUGAGGAUUUAUUAACAGCAUAUGAUCAUACAUUGCAUAAGCCUGCCACAACGCCAAUGUACCUGAUUUUUGGCAGGUCCUAUCGAGUGGCGUACUAAGGGGAGGCUUGAGGGCUGGGGCGGUCCGCCCCAGGUGCCACUCACUAGGGGGGUGCACAGGGCAGACUGCAAUGCCCCUCCUGCGCCCAUCGCAGAAACCGGUCUGCAGCUCCGCAAUGUGCAAGGCUCUGAUUGGGUCUCGUGAGAUCCAUGGUCUGCAGCUCUGCCGGAAAUGAUGGCCACCGGACCACCAGGCAGCCCCCACUAGACCACCAGGGAUUUAAGGUAAUUUUUUACUCCCCCCUGCAUCACCCCCCCCUCUCCUCAUCACAUCACCCCCUCCCUCUCACAAUCACCCCCUCCCUCUCAUCCUCACCCCCUCUCCAUGAGCUCCCUUCACCCCCCCACCCAUCACCCCACCCUCCCUCAUCACCCCCUCCCUAUCACAAUCACCCUCCCUCUCACAAUCAUCCUCCUCCCUGUCACAAUCACCCCCUCCCUCUCAUCCUCACCCCCAUCCCGGAGCUCCCUCUCAGUUCACCCCCCCACACCAUCACCCCUUCCCUCACACCAUUAUCCACUAUACAAGCACACACACUGCAUUCACUAUACAAACACACACUUAUACAUGUGUGUCUGUGUAUUGGUAUAUGUGUAUCUGUAUGUGUCAGUGUGUCUGUGUAUCUGUUUGUGUGUCUGUGUUUGUAUCAGUGUGUCUGUAUGUGUGUGUCUCUAUCUGUUUGUGUGUCUCUGCCUGUGUGUCUCUCUCUGUGUCUGUAUGUGUGUAUGUUUUUAUCUAUAUGUGUGUUUGUAUCUGUGUGUCUAUCUGUAUGUGUCAGUGUUUGUCUGUGUAUGACUGUUUCUAUGUAACUGCAUGUGUGUACCUAUGUGUCUGUGUGCCAGUGUGUGUAUAUGUAUGUAUGUAUGUAUGUGUGCAUACAUCUCAGCAUUUCCCCUACACUACACACAAAUACAACCCUGCAUCCAAAUGUUAACACUACAAAAAAAAAACACCACCAUAUUCAAAAACCACACUACAGAAAAAUGCACUCCUGCAUUCAAAUGCCAAUACGUGCAAACCCACCCGUACAUUCCCUCACACAUUCUCCAUACACAAACAUGCUUACAUUCAAACACACAAACAGUGCUUGGUGCCAAAUACAUAAAGAUAAAAACACUGAUCAGUGCUAAAGACAUUAAAAAAAUUUGUUUUUGUUAAAUUUUGAAGGGAUCAUAGAGGAUCCGCCCCGGGUGCCAAAUGCUCCAGGUACGCCCCUGGUCCUAUCCUAGCAACCUAAUACCUGCUCUUAUGAAAUCACCCCACCUAUUUGGGAAAUACUUCCCCCUGGCGCUCUCUGCAGGCCAAAAUUAUAGAAAGCCCUGGAAAAAAUGCACCCCUUCUUGUCACAUGUUCCUCAUUCCAGUGCUUUAUGUUCUGAGAUUUGAAGUUGCUGUUUAGUGAGUGAGUGCACUGGAUCUUGUACGAUAUAUAAUGCUCUAACUCCCAAGUAUAAACAGAUCUCCCCAAAAUUAGAUUUGGAUGAAAACAAACAAAAUCAUUAAAAUCUCCAUAAAACGUACCUGAAAUCAUGCAUUAAUCCAGCCAGUCUCCUUAUGGCAACCCGAUCCACCAAACAAAUGUUUCUCUAUGGGAUUCACUUGAAUCCCAUGCUUCUCACAGAGAAGCAUUGAAAGAGCAGAGUGUCGAGCUUCAACAUGCAAGCCAUCAAAUAGAUUCUAUAAUACACCCUUUGCCGGAAGUCCCUAGUGGCUAACUAAAUGUUAACACUGUAAGCACUGUUUAUUUUCUGUGCAAAACUGCAGGAAGAGACGCUGUACCCUCAAAUCACUUCAUUCUUAGAGGGAAAUCUUAACAAGGGAAGGUUAAAGGAGCUUAACAUGUAUAGCUUGGAGGAAAGACGAGACGGGGGAAUAUGAUAGAACAUUUAAAUACAUAACGGGAUCAACACAAUAAAGGAGGAGACUAUAUUUAAAAGAAGAAAAACUACCACAACAAGAGGACAUAGUCUUAAAUUAGAAGGACAAAGGUUUAAAAAUAAUAUCAGGAAGUAUUACUUUACUGAGAGGGUAGUGGAUGCAUGGAAUAGCCUUCCAGCGGAAGUGGUAGAGGUUAACACAGUAAAGGAGUUUAAGCAUGCGUGGGAUAGGAAUAAUGCUAUCAUAGCUAUAAGAUAAGGCCAGGGACUAAUGAAAGUAUUUAGAAAAUUGGGCAGACUAGAUGGGCCGAAUGGUUCUUAUCUGCCGUCACAUUCUAUGUUUCUAUAUAGGUUAAAGAAGAUUGCACAGUCUGUACCUCCAGCCCACCCACUGAGCCCUAAUCGGGUUACCUUUAUAGGCCCCCCUCCCUUUCUUGUUCACAUAGGGAUGGUUAAUGGGUCCCAAGCAAAUUCAUGGUUCCUGGGCCCAUGUCUAUGGUGGCACUAAGACAUGCCACCAAGGUGGCGUCUUGUGGUUGACUCAGCUCUAAUAGGGAUAGAGGUUGAAUUAAUGCUACAGAAAACUGUACAACAACCAAGUGCAAAUACAGUGUAGGGUGCCAUUUUCACAAACACAGUGCUGAAUAUAAUUACCAACUGGAUGAUGAGCUUGUAAAACUCACGUAAAAAAAGAAAAGACAUAUCAUAGUGCAAACAAGCUUUAAUAACAAGAGAUAAAAAACAGAAUAAAAAUAGAACACACAAAUAAAAUGGCACAAUUCAACUGAAUCAAUAUGUGCAAAUGCGUGUUAGCCUGCAAUAGGCUGUUAAUAGGUUGUUACCCUGGAUACAGCAGUCUUUACAAGGUAAUUCAGGGCUUCGUCAAUAUCUCCUCCCUGGCUGCCAAUUGAUCGAAGAGAUUCAGCUAUCUCUAACUGCUAUAAUCCUUCCUGGGUAAUGUAAAGUGCUCAACGCGUUUCGCCUUUGGUUACAGACUUCCUCAGGCUAACACGCAUUUGAAAGUGGCGCCCUACACUGUAUUUGCACUUGGUUGUUGUACAGUUUUCCGUUGCACUUGUUUUUAAGGGAUAUAGGGAGUGUGUCCCAUUUGUAGCGGCUUGCCUGCACCCAGUAUUGUGGUUAUCUCACUAUUUCCAUUUUGUAUUGAAUUAAUGCUACUGCUCAGACGUGUAACUCUCAGCAUUAUAUAUCAAAGUGCCACAGACAUGGCACCCACCAAUGUCUGUCAUGCUAUGCCAUACAGUUAUUAAUAUAUGAUAUGCUGCCCCGUACUUAACGAUUUGAAAACAUGUUAUCUUACCAGUAUUGUUUUUCUGUGAGACCCUGAUCCACGCUAAAUAAAAUAUUACUACUGCCAUUAUAAGUGUUAGCCAGUUGCAUUUUGACUCAAUUGAAAUUAAUUUUAUAAAAGACACCCUCUCUCUGCUCUAAGCUCUAAAAGUGGCUUAAAAUUGCAGCUGGUUAACAAAUCAGUGAUUCAGAAUGUGAGUAAACUGAUAGCAGACGUACUAUAGAUGGUAUUCAUUUUUAGCACAAAACAGGAUAAAAUACUUAUCCCAUAAAAUGCUUCUGGUGAGGGGAAGGGUUAUGGAAUAAGACAGGAUACCGGAGUAAGACACUACUGAUUGAAGUGUCUCUAACUGGUGUCAGUGGUGUCUUUUUACAAAAUCACUUAAACAGUCAUUCUCCUGGGAGCUUUGAAAGUUUUUUUUUUGCUUUGCAUGUCUUUUGAGCAUUAUCUGUAUAAUACAUAAAAAAUAGAAGGUACGUUUUACUAAAUAGUUAAGUUUCCCUUUUAUCAUAUUAGAAAAUUAAUUGAGAGGAGAAUACUAUAGUGUUUGGAAUAUAAACAUAUUUCUUAAUGCUAUAGUGUUCUACGCACUAUUUAGAUUCAGUGCCCCCGAAAUGAAGUGUUUUUUUUUUUACUCCUUUGUUUUCAGCGUUGAGACUCACUCCAUGCAGUCACGCACUCUGCCUCCAGUGUCAUCCUCUUGCAAGCUGUCUCCUCUUCGUCUCGUCUCAUCCAAUGCUUCUCAUAGAGAAGUAUUGUGAAUGAGAAGCACAUGAGCAGCAAUUAUGAAUGGUAUCAAUCCAGCCUGGAGUGUGCAUUUAAAGGAAAUCUCCAAGCACUAUUGUAGCAGAAUGUAGAACCUCCAAAUACUUUUAUAUAUAUAUAUAUAUAUAUAUAUAUAUAUAUAUAUAUAUAUAUACUUUUUCAUACUUUUUUUGUUCGGGAGACUUCCAACGAACAGAAUUCUUUCAUCUCCAGAAUGAGGACCACCCCUGUACCCCAUUAGAACGUUGACACAGACUACUUAAGUGCGAAACCACAAGGGAAGUAAUUAAUGAAUGAUUCCCCUGGGUGGCCGGCAUUUCGUAUAACCGAACACGUGGCAGACAAAAGAGUGGUGGCCAUCUUGUCUCCCGAAUGUGGGCAGCAGUACUUGGUUGUCGAGUGGAACUCUUUUCGGCUAGGCACUCGCCCAAACGCCGGUAAAACUUAGACCGCUGCCUGUUCUAUUUCCAGACCACCUAGACGAACGAUGUUCGGUAUAUAUGAACUACCGAACAGGGGGAGCAUUCGUAUCCUGAAAUAAAUUCCCUUGCAUGGUGUUCGCACUGGAACCUCACGAACGGAGAACGGCCAGGGCACCUAUUUCCCUGGAACUGUUUUGGGCGAGCGUCUCGUGCCUGGCCCGUCAAAACUUUGCCUCAAUGUCAUUUCCGUUUCACCGGACCAAUUUGAGUGAUUCUUGUAUAUGUUAUACACUCAGAUCGAGGCUAUUGGGGAAUGUACUUUUUGUGGGGUUCCUAUGGGUGGGGGGUACUUUUGGGGUACAGUAUAUUUUGUUGGAUUUUCUGCACCUGAGAGAUAAUUAAAUUGGAUGAUUUUUCUCACGCAAUUAUCUCUCAGGCACAGAGGUUCCUCGGAAUGAAACCCUUGUAUUAUUGUGUUGAAAACCCCUUGUAUGGGACUGGGCAUAAACGCCGUGUGUGACUCAAUAAACUUCAGUUGUACUCCCAGAACUGUGUGUCGUCCAGUUGCUGGGGGGGAGGUGGGAUAUUUCUUUGGCGUUUUCUUUUUUACUGAUUGUACUUUGGUGGAUCCAGCGGAGAAGAGUCCCUUCUAGGACUAGGACUGUGCUACAACUAUAAUCACCAAAGCAGUGUAAGUCUCCCAUUGUUUGUUAAUCAUAGUUGUAAUAAUUUGUGAUAGUUAUCAUUGACUUAAUUUGGGUAAGCUAUACUGUACAUGUAAAUAAAAUAUAAAGGCUUUUUCAUUUGGAUUGUUUGUUUUACUGCUAAUCCCUCUUCCUUUAAAUCCAAAUACUCUAUCAACCUCUGUUUACUUGUGGCUUUCAGGUAUCUCUGGUGGUCAAUGUGGCCAGUGAAUGUGGAUUCACUGACGGUCAUUACAAGGCACUGCAACAGCUGCAACGGGACCUGGGAUCCUCACUCUUCAAUGUGCUGGCGUUCCCCUGCAACCAAUUUGGGAAUCAAGAGCCCAAUAGUGACCAGGAGAUUGAGAGCUUUGUCAGGAAGACGUAUGGAGUGACUUUCCCCAUGUUCAGCAAGACUGCAGUCAGCGGCACUGGAGCAAGCGCCACCUUCAAGUAUCUAAUUGGUAAGAGAAGUCACCAUUAAGUCUAGAAAAAGCUUCCUACAAAGUAAGGUUACAAGGUUCAAACAAACAAACAAACAAACAAAGGUGUAACCAUACCCAUCUAUUUGUCAGAGGGGUGCAUAAAUACUGAGCUUGAAAUUUGUCGUCUAACUUUCUGUAACUCAAAGGUCAGAAAUAUGGUACAGUUCCAGAAUUCACAAGUAAGAGAGGUUAUGGUGCAGAGACCACCCUGUAGUCACAUUCAAAGGGGAGAUUGGCUUCCAGCUCUCUUGGCAUGGGUAGGGCAGUUUUGUCCACUUUGGACCAGUCCAAGUGAUAAUGAUCUUUCUCUCUCCUUCUUGGAGAGAACUCAAUUGCUCCAUAAACUUCUCACACAGCCAAUUUCAUAAAGCCGUAAAUGGCUGUCUCAGUCAUUCCGCGUGAUGAGUGGAACUGCAAGUAUAGUAUACUGCAAGUAUAGGAAGAUAAACAGCUUACAUUAUGAACACCUGCUGGACAUUAUCUGCAUUAUUAUUCCAUUCUUGGACAGCAAUGAUAAGCUGUUUGGCCCUGUUCCCUUAGCCCACCAGUCUAUCAUGGCUGUCCAAGUUUGGAUAGAUUUUUAUUGAAAACGCAAAAGUGAAAUUCUAACUUCAGCAGGUGAGGAGCCGGACAUUUUGGUAAAAGAAGAGUUGUGGUUGUUAUUAAGCUGUUUGAAACCAGUUAAAAUAGAGUUUGAAGAACGGCACCCUAUAACUCCUUUCACCUUAACCUCUACAGUAAGCUGAGCUAGUUAUGGAGCUUAGCAUGUCCCUUUAAUGUUUCAAUCUUGAGUGUCCCUUUAAUAUUAAUAAGAAAUAGUUGUGUUUGCCCAGAAAUAAAAUAACAACAUUAAGUAAAUUUGUUAUGUCCUCAGGGUUAUUUACUAAAUUAUAAUUUGUUAGAAAGUGAAUUUCAAAUUUGCAACCAAAAACGUUAAACUGAAAACUUAGCUAAGUUGUCUAAUAUUAGACAUUUUAGACAAACAAAUUCAAUGCACUUUGACUUCCGUAUAAUUCAUAUUUUAGUAAAUAACUCUGUUAGUGUUAUUUUAUGUGACAUAUUAAACAGUUACUCUAAGCACCAAAAUAACUUUAGCUUAAUGAUGCAGUUUUGUUGUAUGGCUCAUGCUCCUGCAGUCUCAUUGCUCAAUCCUCUGCUAUUUAAGAGUUAAAUCAUAUUUGUUUCUGUUCAUAUAGCCCUAGCCACACAUCUAGUCUGUAUGAAUUUUAUUUUCCAUUUUUAAUCAGAUGUGACAGCACAGUGUGUUUAAUUUAGAAGUUUUAAUAUCCUGCUCUGUUAAAGGACCACUACAGCUUAAUGAAGUGGUCUGGGUGCCAGGUCCAACUAGGAUUAACCCUUUCGUCUAUAUUCCCUGAAGCUGCUAUGUUUACAAAUGAGUUAAUUCAGCCUCUAGUGGCUGUCUCAUUGACAGCCGCUAGAGGCGCUUCCGCGCUUCUCACUGUGAUUUUCACAGUGAGAAGACGCUAGCGUCCAUAGGAAAGCAUUGAGAAUGCUUUCCUGUGGACUGGCUGAAUGCGCGCGCGGCUCCUGCCGCGCAUGCGCAUUCAGCCGAUGACGGCGAUAUUGAGGAGGAGAGUUCCCUGCCCGGUGCUGGAAAAAGAGGUAAAUUUAACCCCUUCCACCUCAUAGAGCCCGGCGGGAGGGGGGCCCUGAGGGUGGGAGCACCCUCAGGGCAUUAUAGUGCCAGGAAAACAAGUAUGUUUUCCUGGCACUAUAGUGGUCCUUUAAUUGAACUUUACUCAUAUACAGAAGGCCCCUGCAGGCUCUAGCUGAAUAUUAACAGAGCAGAACAUAAGAAAUUCUAUAUUAACCAGACUGUGCAAUAAAGGAAAUUAAAAAAUUAGAUAUCUCUAUACAUGAAAUGUAUAGGGAGACUGUGUAUGCCACAUACAGGGGAGGUGUAGCUAGGGCUGUGUAAUAAGUGGGGGGAUGUGAUUAGCAGCCAAACUGUAUGCCAAUGAAGUGUUAUUGUGUUCUAAUACAGGGAUUCAAGCCCCCAUUCUACCCUUAGGCAAUAAUGGAGUCAUCUGUGAAGCACAUGGCCUUUCACCAGGCAAAAUCAUUUGGGUUGUUGAUAAACCUCUCCUCCAUUCCCUUCCAAUGCAAUCCCCCUUCCCCCAGGAGGCACUCUGGUUCUGUUACAUCCUAAGGGAUUGACUAAGGGAGGUGUGUCCAGCAGAAGGAGGGGCUAACCUGUUUAAAGCACUGUGAAUAGCACAUUGUCUCUCUCUUUGAAUUACAGUAUAUACUCGAGUAUAAGUCUAGUUUUUCAGCACAUUUUUUGUGCUUAAAAACACCCACUCGACUUAUACUCGAGUCACUGUCUGUAUUAUGGCAACUUAGAGAGCCGCGGCCGUCAGAGCCGUGGCAACGAUCCGCGCGGCAACCAGACCGCGAGACUUACAGUGGAGCUGACCGGAACGGAGGAGAAGGGAGCUGACAGGAGCUGCAGGAAAGGUAAGUAAAGCCCAUGCCACUGGACCACCAGGGAUUAAGAUAGCCCUCCUCCCUGACCGGUUAACAAGCAGGGAGGGGGACAAAAAAAAUUUAAAAUAAUUAAAAAAAAAAAUUAAAAUAAAAAAAAUUAAAAUAAUAAAAAUGCCCUCUCCCCACCCAGUUCACACACACUACACAAACACACACUCUUCAUUAUAUACACACUCUGCAUUAUAUACACAGAGUGUGUGUAUAUAAUGCAGAAUGUGUGUUUGUAUGAGUGUGUGUGUAUAUAAUUAUAAAAAUCACAGAAUUUCAUAGCCCCAAGUUUUACCCUCGACUUAUCCACGAGGCAUAGCAUAUUUCACAAUUGUUGGUCACAAAACUGCACUCGACUUAUACAUGAGAUCGACUUAUACACGAGUAUAUACGGUACCUCUCUUCACCUUCUCUCUCUCUCUCCCCUCUCCACACUAUACACACCCUCUCUCUCUUACUCUCAGCUGCUGAUCGAUGGAGUGGUAACUGUAUCACGUGUCUAUGCCUGUUUUACUAUGUUAAUUUAGCCUACUUUCCAUUCAAUCAAUGAUUAGUUUUAGUAGCAACAUAUACUAGCCUAUUUCAAAUGUAUAUGUAUUGUUUAUUUGUUUGAUUAGCCUUUAUUAAUAAAUAUUAUUGAAUUGUCGAAAGCAAGGAGUGUGGACUCUGAUUUUACACUCGGUUUUUAAGUUAUUAUUUUUAGUUAUUAUAAAUUCCAAGUUUAUUCCAACUUGCGAGUUAAACGUUUAUUACAGGCUGCAUAAACAAAGUGAUUUAACUUUCAUUUCAGACUAGUUAAUUAGGCAUCAUAAAAUAAUUUAGGCACUUUUACUCCCCAACUUCACAUUUUAGUAACUGUAAUCUACCACGUCUCUUGUAUCAAAUGUACCUUGGUGAAUGUGUUAACAUUAAAGGUGUUUUAAUUUUGAAUAUUCUCUUAGAAUCAUCUGGAAAAGAGGCGGACUGGAAUUUUUGGAAAUAUCUAGUCGGGCCCGAUGGGAAAGUUGUGGGAGCCUGGGGUCCUACCGUGUCUGUCGAAGAGUUGAGGCCUCAGAUUACUGAGCUUGUGAGGAAAAUUAUCCUGAAAAAGAAAGAGGAACUUUGA